AUGGAAAAUAAUAUUUUAAUCGCUAUUCAGUUUCGGUUAAUUUUUUAAUUUCAGUAAGAUUUAGAGAUAGGUUAUCUCAUUCUGGAUUAUUUAAUUCGUCAAUGAUAAAUUUUACUGAUAGUUUUCAUUUUGUAAAAUGUAGGAUAUAUAAAUUAACGAGUACAAUAUGUGGAAUAUGUAUUAACUAUAUAAUAGAGCACGAAAACACGAAUAACGAAAUAAAGAAGCAGGUUGAAUUUACUUAAGAAACUUUAAGUAGAGUAAGAAGAAUAAAACGUGUUAUGUCAGACAUAUUCUACGCUGGCGAGCGUAUAAGUAGGAAAGCAUUCGCUUUUAAAUUCUAACUGUAUUCUAAAAAGUUUAUUUCUAAUUUUUUUUUUAAAUAUAACAUAACAUUUAGAGACACUGUUUAAAAAUAAAACGAAAAAUAUAUUGACUUUCAUUCUUCGUUAUUGGCAAUCGUUAUUGUAUCAAAGGCAGUUGGCAUGUUUGGGACAGUUAUCAAAUAGAAAUCACGAUUAGUAUCAACGGGUAGUAUAAUAAUACGAUAAUAAUAUACAUGCUCAAGUACGAUAACUGCAACAACUGUACAAAUUUAUAUCCACAAUGUACGCACGAUUCGUGAUAAACCCAAGGUAUUGCCACACCGUGAUAAGCUAAUGCUCACCAUAUCUAUCGCGGUGUACAUGCAAGUUUACUUUCCUUUUCUUCGACUUCAACGUGCACUCUGUAUUAUAAAUAUCAACAAUCUUGAUUCCUGAGAACCAAGCUAAGAAAUUUAAAAAGAUUUGUAUUUUUAAGACUAAUUGAAUUAACAUUAAUUAAGUUUAAUACUCCAUUUAAGGUACUUAAAUAUAAAACUCCAUUAAAAAGUCUAAAAUUAAAUAUAAAACUCCAUUAAAAAGUCUAAAAUUAAAGGGAAAGAAAUGAAAAAGUUUAUACAACAAAAGUCCAGUGGUUCAGUUUUCGUUCGCGUGAUGAAUGUUCACACAUACAUAGGCAACUAAUUCAAGAAUUCAGCUAAUCAGACAGAGACAUCAGCUGUGGCACGACUCGCGAAGAUUCAAGAUAUUUACACAAGUCGGCAAUCCCUUAAUUAAACUGCGACACGUCUUCAGGUUUACGAUCAAUUGCUAUAAAAAUUAGGACGUUGGGGAUACACGUACUUAAGAUUGGUAAGAUUUAUUAUAUGCAUAAAAAUCUUUGGAUUAGUGAUAAGCUACUUUCAGAUCUUCAAUUACAAAGUUAAAUUCUCGCCUUAUGUAGUUGUACUCGUGUAAUUAUGUUAUAAAAAUAAUGAAAAAACGAAAUUAAAGAAUAAUUUGAUUCUAAUAAAAUUAAUCGAAAAAUAAAUAAUAAAUAAACAAGAAAAAUUAACAGGAAUUAAUUGCUAUUAUAAAAUCUCGAUAUUACUUGACAUUAUAAUUGAUAUAAUUUGCAGUAAACGUCAAUUUGCAAUAAACGUUCAAUUAAAGAAAUGAAAGAAAAUAUCGUCGCUUUGAAAAGAUGCUCGAUGAAAGACAGGAUAUUAUGUAAAAUCAAGUUCGAAUUUUUAUCGUACACAACUUCCUGUUGGCGUGAACAGUUUCGCAACAACUUUUUCGCGGCACGAUCCGUCACGAUCGAUCUUACACGUUCCUAUACAGCUUCAUAGCUGCGGAUCAUUGAUCGCCUCUAUCUCCAGAUUUCCAGUUUUCUCUAUCAAUCACUGCUUGGAUUGAUCACGAUGUUUCUUGCCCCAUGAUCUCCGGCUCUUUUUGCUCGGUGUUCCGCGACGAUCACGCCUCUCGACUCACACUAUUGACGAAUGCGAGAUGUCGAUGGUUUACAUUAUUCAUGAUGAAACGGCAAAUUGUUAUCGGUGAAACUCGACGAGGAGAAGGGUGAAUCUUCGUUAAUUUUAAACCGGUCAUUUCGAUGUUAAGGCAUCAGAGUGAUAUAUCACGUUUAUCUUCACAGACAUUCUGCUCUCAUAUUCAUUUUCACAAGGCGUGGAUGCAUUCUACAGUGAUUAAACGACGAAUUUUCACGCAAAUUAAUUUCCAUGUGGACACGGUAAGUAAUGAAAUUGCAUUCAUUUUAUCUGUUAAGAGUUAGAACGAAUAUUCUAUUUUGAAAGUAUUUCAUAUAUAUUUUUGUGCGUGCGAUGUCCAUUUCAUUUAUUUUUAACGAACAAACUCGACGGACAAAGAGACAAAGAGGCUGCACAACUUUACUUUCAUUUCGAAAUAUCAUUUUAUGAUUUAACGAGCCGAGUCCCAAUGUAUUUCCUACAAUGUUAUACAGCAUUUUAUAAUAGAUGCGCUUCGAUUUAUGAAAUUAUUAGACUGUCAAGAAAUUUCCUUUUUUCUAUAUAAUCAUCUAUCCUACUGAUUGAAUUAAUCAACCAGCCAACUCGGAUAGUCAUAGUGACAUAGAAUAUUUAUCGAUUCGUUGUCGUGCACGAAUUCCACGUAAGUUGGCAUUAUCGUGCAAGAAUUCAACUCGAAUGCACCUGUCUACGAGGGAAUUCUGAGAACACUAAUACUUGUUACAUUUUGAUCACUAAACUAAAUCCAACCUAGCCUGAACCAAGUUUCAUUUGCUUGCAGAAUUUUUUAAUUUAGAAGCAAUAAUAUGUGUGAAGGCAUUAGAUAUAAACUUACGUGACGUGAUAUUUCAUUGACUGGAAAAUGAAUUAUUUCGUCCAUGUGUGAUAUAUUCUUCAUAAAAAAUCGUAAAGAAAUUAACCAGUAAUAUAGUGAGAGAAAAUUAAUAUUUUAAUUAAUCCUUAAAUCCUCAGGUUUCACCGUGCAUUACAAUUAGACGGCGUGAAAUUACGUAAUUUUUAUAUUUCUACAAACACGAUUAAAGAGAAGAAGUAGUAAACUAGUUGCAAUGGAAUUCGACAGUGUCGUUAGAAGCACGAAACACCUGGAAAAACAAACAGCAGAAGUUAUCAAAAAACGAAACCACGAAAAAUCAAACGCCCAAAUAAAUCAGCAGCACGAGCCUUAU